CGCACGCGCAGGUGGAAUAUUUCCGAUGUAUCCGUGGUGAGCUCGUUUUGAAUGAAGAGGGGCAAAACCAAACCCACAUCGUCGGUAGUGAGCCCGGUAAAGCCUGACAGAGCGGUUUGUAUGAUGGCUUGCCUCUUACGCACCUGCUGGCUGUUAGCAGUCGUUCUCCUCCACUGCCCAUGGCUAACACAAGCAGUGCUUCUAUCAGAAGACGAGCUCGUGGCGGCCCGUCAUUUCAUCAAGCCGGACGAUGUGAUAUUUGACCCCUUCAGUCCAACCCCGGAGGUUACGCUACCGUGCAACUCAACAGGAGAACAGCCGCUCACUUACAGUUGGAGAAAGGAUGGCCAACUAUUAGAUUUGAAUUCUCGACAACCACCAUACGUGAUGGACGCUGGCGCAUUGAUAAUCCAGAGACCAGAGAAGACCAAAGAUGAAGGAGUUUAUCAGUGUGUGGCCGAGAACGACUACGGCAAGGUUAUCAGCAGACAGGCUAAUCUCACUUUUGCCUAUUCAGACCCGUUUGCUCAAACUCCACGCCCGCCUGUAUCCGGAAGUGAGGGCGAAGGUGCGGUGCUGCGGUGCCAGAAGCCAGACGCAUAUCCAGGUCUCAUGUUCUUCUGGGUGGAAUCAGGCUCGCUAGACCCGGCCUUCGCAGUAACCAACCAGCGGGUGUACGUGUCCCAGAAGACGGGGGACUUGUACUUCGCCCGUGCUGAGCCGAACGAUCCCGGAGACUACCAGUGUGUGUUGCGACUGUCAGUGGACCCGACGUCUCCUUUACGCCACCUCAGCCCAACAGUCUCAUUCUCGGUUGCAGAUCAGUCCCCGCCCCAAUCGGCGCCCAACCUGGUUCUUUACGAGGGGGACUCGAUAACGUCCGUCAUCCAUGCCGUCGUCUUGAUGGAGGGCUUCGCCUACGGAAACCCCAUACCAACCUUGACGUGGCGGCGUCUGGACGCGCAAGGCAAUGAAGUUGCUAUGCCACCAGCUAAUAGACUGGCAAUGGAGACCUGGAACAGAGCUUUGACCAUCUCCAACGUUCAGCGGGAAGACGCGGGCUUCUAUGAGGUCACCGCUACCAACAGUCUGGGGACACAGUCACAGAUAACUCAACUCUUCGUUAAUGUUGGACCCCAGUUUUCAAAGUCCUUGUCUGACCAGAACCACCGCCUGGAUCUAGGGGAGUCUGUGACGUGGGACGUCGCCUGGGAUGUUGGGGAUACCACAGAUCCUGUGGACGUCGUCUGGCUACAUAACGCCGAGAUUCUAACGGAAGGAGGCAGAUACAGGAUGACGCAAUCCGGUAACACAGCGUCACUACAAAUCACCGACCUGACCGAAGAAGACAGCGGCGCCUAUCAGUGCUCAAUAUCAAACCUUUACGGCAGGACAAGAAGCUCCGCAGAACUUCACUCAGGAGCCCCAUCCUAUGUGAGAAACAUUAGACUGACAGACAGUGGGGACGAUUACGCUGUGCUAGACUGGGACCCGCCCCUAGGCUACGACGGUGACGACAUAGGCGGGUAUCAGGUGCAGGCCAUCCCGAAGAGUGGAGGAGACACGAGGACCAUCGAUGUCGGUCCUGCGGAGACAACAGCGCGGAUUGAUGGGUUAAAUGGCGACUCGGGUGGUUACACAUACCGGGUUCGUGCGAGGAGCACUGGAGGUACAUGGGGUCCAUGGACGACAUUUCGUGAGGACCAGGGUGGAUCAGGAGCCAGAACUGCAGAAUCCACCAGCCAACUGCUGACCUGGCUACUUCCACUGCUGAUCGUGCUUCUGUUGUUGCUGAUCCUACUGUGUUGUUGCUGCUGCCUAUGGCUGGGGUUGUGUGGGAAAUACUGCCCCUGUUGCACCUGCUGGACCUGUUUCGACCGGACGGAAUCCAAACACUACAAAGCUAUGAGAAGAGAUCACCAAGAGAUGCUGAAGCUGUACCGACUUGAUGCUGUUACACACGUGCAAAAUCCCGACAGGAUUACCGCGUUCCUGGCCUCCAGGAAGGUGCGGCUCCCAACUGGCAUGAGCCCCAUCAAAAAGCCACGUACUCGAGAAGAUCGUAACAAGGUGCUCCUGGAUAACCUGACGUUUGGAGAGGAUGAUGCCUUUGAAGGAUACUGCGCUGCACUCAGGGAGGAGGAGAAGCUGUACUGGCUGGCAGACACCUUGGAAGGAUCGGGACUGUCUGUUGACCUUCGCGAGCAGCUGAUGCGACAUCAAACUGUCCUGGUUGAAAAGAUGGACCCUGAUAUAACAUUGGCCCAUCUCUCCAAGCAAAAGGUCUUCACCGACGCCAUGAGUGAUUAUGCGUCGAGUGCAGACUCGCGUGAGGAGAAGAACAGGCGCAUUGUCCACCUCCUACAGUCACGUGAUGACCCUGACUUCUUCACGUUCUGCGGAGCCCUGAGGCAGAAUCAGAGCCAGGCUCACCUAGCGGACCUCCUGCAAGAAGAAGGACUGGACCUAAACAAAAGCGUGCUGCUGGAAGAGAAAAGCAUUGACAACGCAACGAAGGCGUACAGUGAAUUGGACAGCAAAGGUUACCGUCAGGAAAUUCACAGGGAAACACACCUCUUCACCCACACAUCUGUAACGCAGACCCAUCACAUCAACGAGAUGAAUCAAGGGAAUGGUGCUGUCCAAUGGCAAGCAGCUGAUGGCGGUGUCUACAUUGGCGAUCAGCGGAGGGAGGGAGAGCCCAUACAGAGGCAAUUGUCCCUGGCUGAUCCGACCAUCAGGUCAGGCGCUUCUGCGGUGGCCCGAAGAGGACAACCGGUCAUAUUGGAGGUCAACGGAGAAGUGGACGAUGCCCAUUGGUUGCUGAACAACGGAUCCCUGCCGGUGAACAAAGGCAUCCACGUCCGUACGUCCGGUCUGACCCACGAGCUGAAGAUAGACGGCAUGACCCCAGACCUGGCAGGCACCUACACCUGCCAAGGUACCACACCAGAUGGGGCCAUGUUGUCAUGUGAUAUCAGGAUCACACUGCUGGACCCUUACCCAUCUCUGUAACAGAACAAUGUUACCACGAUGUGAUUUUCCAUAAAAGCAACUACUAGUAAUCUUGUUAGACUGCUGGAGGUUAGGCCCUAAACAAGGCAAGGCUUUGCCAUUGAUAGUGAAUAUUGUCUGCAUAUCAUACGCAAUUCUACAGAUGUAGAAAUACAAGACUGUACGUACAUUCUUCGCAUGUCCUUAUGAUUUGAUGAUCGAUAAAAGUUACAGAAGAGAACAGUACAGAAUGUGACAUUUAAAAAAAAAAUUCAUUUUUUUUACUUAAUGUAUGGUAACACGUAACAAGACCACUCAAGGUUACGGGUUACAUUGUAACUGAAACAGCAACUCUUAGCCCCAGGUCAGAAACAUCAUGAUUAAGACCAGCUCAAUUGCUCACUGUGAGUGAGGACUACUAGUAACUGACCCAAUAGGCGAAGCAGGGGUUACGAGGGCUGCUCGGGAGAUUCCCUAUCCCAUUUUUCAUUACUACAAAAGUGACAUAACUACUAGUUCAAACAACACUAUGCUAAC